GGAGCUUUCAUGCUCUUUAGCAAGCUGCAGAGUUCUGAUCUAUCUUGUAUUCGCUAGAAUAAAAGCAGUGCUGUUUAUCGGAUUUCUGUUUCUACUGUAUACGUUUAUGGAUAGCGUCUAGGGCCUCUAACUCUUGCACUGGAAAAAAUUUCAACAACAGCUUUCACUUUAUUGAAGCGUACAACAUCUUUUGCAACAUUGUCGAAAUUUUGUUGCUACAGUAAGCACAACAUAACUAAGCGACAAAAUGACCACAACCGCGGCGACUAAGCGGAGCAAAAGCUGCGAACAAGAGCCGCGAGCUUCCGCAGCUGCUGCGGGUAGACCGGCAACCGAGACAACAAGACCAACGACCACCUUCAAGCAAGACCUGAAAUCCGCCAUCAAGCAGCAGAAAGACCGGAGAAAACAAAUUGACCAAGUGACGAAAAAUUUCAAAAUCAUUCCGGCUACGACAGAAGACCACCUGCAACAAAUCUACCAACUGGAGCAAAGACUUUUCGACAAGAAGAAUGCCUGCGCGAAGUGGGAACUGAAGCACUACUUGGACAAGGGUAAACUCGUGAACAACCACUGCGGCUUCAACCGCGGGGCCAGUUUUGUUGUCAUUGAUCCAGCAGAAGCUGGUGAGAAAGAAGACAAAGUCGUCGGCUAUUUGCUGGCGGAACUGUUACAGACCGCACAGUAUCAGAGAGCGUCUUUUCGGGAGAAAAGGAAAAAAGUAGAGAGGCUCGCCGCGGAAAAAUUGAAGAUUCCGGAGCCGGUGAGAUACAGUGGGAGGUUUAAGCCGGUGAUCAAGCAGGAAGCGAAAAAGAUUCAGGUCGUGGAGACGAGGAACCAGCAAGGGAAAAAAAGCAGGAGGAACACUUUUGAUACUAGUACGCGCAAGACAAAGAACAACAGAGGAAGCAAUGGUGGAUCGAAGCAGGACAACAACGCUUUCCACUACUACUACUCCGUCGGAAACUUCGGGAUCCAUCCGGACUACCAGUGCAAAUUUCUGGGCCGGAAGCUUUUCAACGAUUUUUUGGCGCAUUUGAGGAAGAACGGGAAGAGGUCAGAGGCGAUAAUAAAUCAUCUCGGAGCUGCUCCUGCUCUCGGCUCGACAACAUCUGUGUCAUCAUGCGCGAAGCCUAUCAUUGAAGUCCGGCUGGAAACUUGCAAAGAGUGGGACCACGUGUGCCGGUUCUACGAGUCCUACGGCUUCGAGGCUUUUGGCCAGUGGAAGGACUACUACGGAAAGGGGAAACACGGGGUGAAGUAUUCGCUCUCGAUGGAGUGAGACUAAGAACUCGGGACGUUCAUCUGUGAAAUGCGAAUGAACAACAAGUAUAGUACCCAGCGACAAGAACUUCAACUCAAUCCCCUAUUCCGAAAGAACAUUGAAAUGAAAAAACAUAUAGCAACUCUAGCAUAGUAUGCUGGUUGUAGAAAGCGUGGAAGUAGAACUCGAUUUGGAACACGACUUUAAUCAUGGCCGCAACAGAAUGGCUAGUAGACCACAAGUGAAAGUAUUUAGACAGGAGUAAUGUUUGAACAAUGAAAAUUGGGAUUGCAUCUUGCUUUUGAAGAUUGAGGUGCCUUAUGGAAGGGGAAUGAAAAAAAAGAACUAUCAAGCCGUCUGUUACAACGAAGGCUACAACUGUUUACAAUAAACAAAAAG